UGUGCUAGGCAGUGUGGGUUGAGCCGAAGGUAGUGAGACUGGAGCCGACUGUCUAGCAGACUUUCAGGGCCUGCGAGAAGGAAGCUAGGACGGAUUUUUUUUUACACCGAAAGUUUGAAAAGCGAACACAGGACAAAUUUAACGAAAAGGUCUCCGUUUUUCAUUGAACGCCGCUUUGCAGGAGCCAUCCGGCAUUACAAGCAAGGUCUUGUCCCCUGGGCCCGCAACACCGAGCCGAGCCGAUGAGAACGCGCCGCGCGUCCUGCUUCGGCUAACGCAUCUCCAGUCACCAUCCCAGAAGUCAUCCGAGAAGUAACAGGGUUCAGCGCGAUUUCAGUCGUGAGACUCCAUGAAAGAUGACAGAGGAGGUGAUUGUUAUUGCCAAGUGGGACUACACUGCCCAGCAGGACCAGGAACUUGACAUCCGGAAAAACGAGCGCCUUUGGCUCAUCGAUGACUCCAAGACGUGGUGGCGGGUGCGCAACACCUCGAAUAAGACGGGCUACGUCCCCUCCAACUACGUGGAGCGCAAGAACAGCCUCAAGAAGGGCUCUCUAGUCAAGAACCUCAAAGAUACACUUGGCCUGGGGAAGACGAAGAGGAAGACGAGUGCGCGCGACACGUCCCCCACGCCGAGCACGGAUGCCGAGUACCCGUCCAACGGCAGCAGCGGCGGUGGUGGCGGCGGCAGUGGCGCCGAGCGCAUCUACGACCUCAACGUCCCGGCACUGGUCAAGUUUGCCUACGCGGCAGAGCGCGACGACGAGCUGACGCUGGUCAAGGGCACGCGCGUGCUGGUCAUGGAGAAGUGCAGCGACGGCUGGUGGCGCGGCAGCUACGGCGGCCAGGUGGGCUGGUUCCCGUCCAACUACGUGAUGGAAGAGGGUGGCGAGGAGGCGUCCGGCGAGGCCGGAAUGGGCUACCUGACCGCGCAGCGGCAGCAGCAACCGAGGGGCGGCGGGCUCAGCAACGGCGGUGGUCAGCAGCAUCAGCAGCCGCCACCGCAGCCGUCGCAGAUCGGGGUGCUGCACACGGUCCAGACGCUCUACCCGUUCAGCUCGGUGACGGACGAGGAGCUGAACUUUGAGAAGGGCGAGGUCAUGGAGGUGGUGGAGAAGCCCGAGAACGACCCCGAGUGGUGGAAGUGCCGCAACGCCCGCGGCCAGCUGGGCCUGGUGCCAAAGAACUACGUGCUGGUGCUGAGCGAUGGGGCAGCACCCGGGGGCACCCUGACCCACCCGGCCCCGGGCGGAGCGGGUAGUCAGACGGGCCCCGCGCGCACGGGCAAGUUCGCCGGGAAGGACUGGUACUACGGCAAAGUGACUCGGCAUCAAGCGGAGUGUGCGCUCAACGAGAGGGGAGUAGAGGGCGACUUCCUGGUCCGAGAUAGCGAGUCAUCGCCGAGUGAUUUCUCAGUGUCCCUGAAAGCGGUGGGGAAGAACAAGCACUUUAAGGUGCAGCUGUGUGAGGGGGUCUACUGCAUCGGCCAGCGGCGCUUCAACACCAUGGACGAGCUGGUGGAACACUACAAGAAAGCGCCCAUCUUCACCAGCGAGCAAGGGGACAAGCUCUACCUUGUCAAACCUCUGCUGACACACACACACACACACACACACACACACACACACACACAUACAUAUGUACACAUACCCAUACAAAUACGCACCAACCCUGCCUGAAAGCAAGCCUUAGGAUUGGACUCUGUGCAGAGCAAUGUCUCGUUUUCACGUCCCCCCUUGUGGCGAAACGCAACAGUUCCGAGAACUUUUACCACAUAGUAGCAAACCGAGGACAUUCAGUAAGAACCAUGAGCCAAACACGAACCAACGACUCCGAGCCAAAUGUGAAGACCUGGAGAUGUUAAAGAUUGUCACGGUACAAGCAGUACUGUCGGUACGAGCUGUUUCACAUCUUUAUUUAAAGUGUCCCGGGGCCUGUAUAUGCAUUGUUUUGUUUUUUUGUUUUGUUUUAUUUUGUUUUGUUUUUGUCUUAAAGAAGUGUACCCUUCCCAGGGUGGGUUUAUGGAGAAGGUGUAAGAGAAGAGGACCUUGCCUUCACUAAGUGACCGUAUUAAAGCACACGCUCAUGGCCUUGGCUGCUGGCUUCACCUCUCUGUGGUCUCCUCGUCUCAGUGGAACAUUCUGAGAAUCUCUCAGUCUAACAGCACUCCCGUUCUGGAAACUUCCACGUGUGUCAAAAACUGUUGUGAGUACAGCUGUUCAAGACCAGAGAGGGGAGACGAAGAGAGGAAAGCCAAACGUUUCUUUCCAUAUACGCUGGGCAGGUUUACUCUGUUCCCUCUGCUCAGAGGUGUCAGACCCACUAAAAGCUCUUGAGGAGUUUCACCAACACUCUGUGACGUCGAAUGACAAGAACUAUUUGAGUAUGAACAAUUUUCAACCAAAUCCACACAGGUAUUUUUUACAGGCUAAACUAGCUGUGGCAGCUGCGAUGGUGCAGAGCAGCUGAGCGCACGAGUCUGAGAGAGCCGUCUCAGGAAAUGGACCCGUCCCUCACCGUCCGUCUCGUCCAUCUGAGGGAAAGGACAAGAGUGCCAUACGGUGGCCAAACAUGGAAGUGACAAGGGAAGUGUGUUUCUGUUUUCAGUGGAAUGUUUUGUGGAUGUACAACCAAAUGUGCCACCCUUGUAGUCGCUCAUGUGAAGCCCUCCCCUCCCCCCUCCCCCGCCACACACGUUUCAUAUUUACUGUUGGAAAUCCUCAGAUCAGAGUUAUAGUGUAUAAUGUAUUUAUCCAUGGUCACAGAUUAAAGCAUUAAAGUAUCCAUAUAUACACAGACACAAACAUUAUGUUUACCAGUAUGACUCUACAGAUGAGAGCCCACCUCUCCUUUGUCUUAUGUCAGAAUGUUAUUGAGCGUCGUUAUUUAAAAUGUUUUCAUCUGUUUGUCUAUUUAAAAAAGAGGAAAGAUGGUGCGUAUAUAAUUUAGUUCCAGACGUAUAGUACUGUGCAAAUACAGUGUGGGUAGAA